UUUUCCAGGCAGCCAUAGCAAGGCAUGGCUCCUGAGCAUUCCGCAAGCCGCAAGAUGAUCUAUGCUGGGAUCUGUGUCUUCGGGUGAUGCCAAGAGGAUUUGUUGUUUCCCGUCCUAGCUGUUAACUGGGCAUCUCUUGUCCGGAACAGCCAAUCUCAUACGGAGAAGCCUGGUGGAUGUAUGCUCUCUAGUUAGUAUCUCUUGCAAUCUAGACAUUUUUAGAUUUCAGGUUUCGUCGUAACUUUCCUAUCGCCAAAUCUUCCACAAUGGCUUCCGCGGAGGAUCUAAAGGCGGAGAACACGCGGCUUCAAGCGGAGAUGCAGUCUAUGAAAAAGAAGAUCGUCCUAGCUCUUAAAAAGCAACAAGCAGAACUCCACGCGAAAGUCCAGGAGGCGGAGCGAGCGCGGGACGAGGCUCUACAGCGAGCGUCAGCCGCCGAAUCAGGAGCUUCUAACGGGGAUGCCUCUAAAGGAGCGGAUCCCGCCGCAUUGCAGCAACUGCAGGACCAAUUCAAAGCAUCCCAGGAGGAGCUGAAAACGCUAAGGGAAGAGUAUGUCGUAGCGAGCGAGAAGCUCAAGGCAGCUGAAGAUCAGGCCAGACUAGUGGACGAGGAGAGGAAGAAAGCCAUAGAAGCGGCGAAUGCGGCGCAGAAGGGUCUCCGUGCGUCAAAAGAGGAGAUCCAGAUGGUCCGCGAGCAGUGGACGGCGGCCCAAGGCGCGCUGAUGACCACUCAGGAGGAGCUCACCGGCCUGCAGGAGCAGCUUAAGAAAGCGCAGGGGGAGACGGCGGAAGCGCAGGAAGGGCGCAAGGCGGCGCAGCAGGCGCUCCAGGCGCUGCAGAAGCGGUUCAAGGCGGCGGAGGCGGAGAAGCAGGGGGAUCAGGCGGACCAGCGGCGCGCGCAGGAGGUGGUGGUGCGCCUGGAGCAGCAGCUGAAAGCGGCGCAGGCGGAGCGGGAGAAAGCGGAGGUGGCGCUAAAUGCUGCGCAGAGGGAGCUGGAGGGGUCGCGGGCAGUCGGUGAAAAGAUGGCCGGGCAGCUGAAAGCAAUUCAGGUGGAACUGGAAGCGUCGAAGGAAGAAGGGAAGAAGUUGCAGGUGCAGAUGACGGAACUGCGGGAGGAGGCUGGAACGGCUCGGUGUGAGGCGACAAACAAGGGCGCUCAGGCGGAGGAGCUGCUUCAGGCGCAGGCGAUCCUGCAGGGAGAGCUUGAGCAGGCUAAGAAGGUAGCUGCAGCGGCGCGGGAGGAACUGGGAAAGGUGCAAUGUGAGGCGACGAACAAGGGCGCGCAGGUGGAGGAGCUGCUGCAGGUGCAGGCGACCCUUCAGAGCGAGCUUGAGCAGGCCAAGGCGGCGAGUUCAGCGCAGGAAGAGGCGAAGAAGCUGACGGAGGAGCUUGCACGAGUGCGGGAGGAACUGGGGAAGGUGCAAUGUGAGGCGACUAACAAGGGCGCGCAGGCGGAGGAGCUGCUGCAGGUGCAGGCGUCGCUGACGGGCGAGGUGGAGCAGGCUAAGACGGCAGCAGCGGAGGCGCUGGAAGGGGCGAAGAAGCUCGCGGGGGAGCUUGCACAGGCGCGGGAGGAACUGGGGAAGGCUCAAUGUGAGGCGACGAACAAGGGCGCGCAGGUGGAGGAGCUUCUGCAGGUGCAGGCGACCCUUCAGAGCGAGCUUGAGCAGGCCAAGAAGGCAGCAGCAGAGGCGCAGGAGCAGUUGGAGCAGAGUCAGCAGGAGGCGGAGCAGGUGCGGCAGGAGGUGGCAGAGAAGGGCUUGGCGCUGGAGAUGGCGCAGCAAGAAGGGGAUCAGGCGAGGAAGGAUCUAGCGCAGGUGAAGCAGCAGUUGGAGCAGCAGUUGGAGCAGAGUCAGCAGGAGGUGGAGCAGGUGCGGCAGGAGGUUGCUGAGAAGGGGUUAGCGCUGGAGAUGGCGCAGCAGGAUAUGGAGAGGAGCAAGGCGGCUGCUGGAGAAGCGGAGGCGGCGCUUCAAGCGCAGCUGGCAGAAGCCAAGAAGGAGCAGGCCAGCCUUGCAUCUCAGCUCAAGGGCAUGCGAGGGGCCAUGGAUCACGUUCAGAAGGCUGCUUCAGAGACAGAGGAGAAAAUGCAGAGGGAGGCCGAAGCCAAGCUGGCAGAUCUCGCCGCCAAGUCAGAUUCGCUCAAGGACCAGCUAGCAGCCGCACAAUCUGAGCUGGCAGCAGCGCAGGCUGAGCUGGAAUCGGCCAAAACCUCGCUGGAAAAGGAGAUACACGCAAGGGAAGCAGCGCAGAGAGAAGCACAGGAGGCACGCGCGGCUCUGGAUUCUUUCCAGGAAAGUGCGGGGAAGGAGCAGCAGCAGGCGGGGGAGCUGUGGCAGCAGCUGCUAGACGCGAGGAAGCAGGUUGCAGCAGAGACGGAUAGGGCUGAUGGGAGUGAGAGAGAUGCGGAGGGGUUGAGAACGAAAGUGGAGGAGUUGGAGAAGGUGGUUGAGGAGAAGGGGAGGGAAGGGGAGGCGGUGAGGGGAGAGCUAGAAGCCGCUUUGAAGGCGGUGGAGGAGGCGAAGGGGGAGGGUGAGAAGGCAAGGAAGGAGGCGGAGGAGGUAAUGCGGGGCAAGGAGGAGGAGAUUAGAACCAAGGAGGAGGAGAUUAGAUCUAAGGACGAGGAGAUUAAGGGCAAGGAGGAGGAAAUUCGCGGGUUGAAGGAGAGGCUGGAGCAGGUGGUAGCGGAGAAGGGGUCGGGGGAGGCAGAGGCGGCCAGGAUGGGCGAAGAGAGGAGGGCGUUAGAGGGCCGGGUGGCGGAGCUCGAAGGGGAGGUGGAGAGGGCUAAAGCGGAGGUAGAGAAGGGCGAAGGUGAGGCGGAGAAGGCUAGAGGGGAAGUGGAGAAGGUUAGAGGGGAGCUGAAGGCGGCAGAGGAGAGGUGGGCGGAGGAGAGGCAGCAGCUGGAGAAGGAGAAAGGGGAGAGGGAGGCCGAGCUGGGGAAGGUCACAUCUGAGCUCGAGAAGGUGAAAACUGAGCUGGCUGAGCUGGCUGAGGUUCGGGCACAGGUGGAGGAACUGCAGGGGAAGGUUAAGGAGCUGGAGGAGAAGGAAGGUGAGUAUAAAGCGAGAGAGGCUGAGCUGGCGCAGAAACUGGAAGCUGCAGAGGCAGCUUUGGAUGCUGCUAAGUCCGAAGCAGAAGCAGCAGUGGCUGCAGCCAAGUCCGAAGCAGCGGCAGCAGCGACAGGGGCGGCGGCAGCAGCAGCAGCGAAGGCAGCAGAAGUGGAAGUAGAGAGUCUUGACGAGGUGAAGAUGCUAAGGGAGCAGGUGGCGGGGCUAAAGGCGAGCAAGGCCGAGCAGGAAGAGACGCAGGCGAGGCUAGAGGCGGAGGUAGAGGGUUUAAGGAGCAAGCUUAGCGAGCUGGCCGCCGCCAGCAAGGGGCAGGCGGCGGCUGCAGAGGCGGACGCAGAGACGGCUGCUGCUGCUGCGGCAGAGGCUGGUGUGAAGGUGGGAGAGCUGGAGGCGGCGCUAAAAACGGUUAAGGGAGAGAAGGAGAGGGUAGAGGAGGAGCUGGAGGAGGCGAUAGGGAAGGUGAGGGAGGCGGAGAGGAGGAGCGAGCAGGCACAGGCGGAGCUGCAGGGGGUGAGGGAAAAGGGGGAGAGGGACGCGGAAGGAAAGGUUGAUGCUGAGAAGAAAGUGGCAGAGCUGACAGCAGAGUUGGAGGGAGUGAGGGCGAGGGUAGAAGGGGCGGAGUUAGAGGCGGGCCGGAUGCGGGAGGAGGCGGAGAGGGGGAGGGAGCAGCUCGCCAUGUCGGGUGGGGCACAGGCUGAGGAGCUGGCGAAGGUGAAUGCUGAGCUGGCGAAGGCGAAUGCUGAGCUGGCGAGGGUGACGGGUGAGCUGGCGCAGGCUGCGGCUGCGCGGGUGGCGGCGGAGGAGGCGGCUGCCAGGGUGGCAGGUGCUGCGGGGGAGGCGAUGGGGAAGGCUGAGUCAGCAGAGAGCGAGCUGGCGACAGUGCGCACAAAGCUGCAAGCAGACCUCAAGGCAGCGGAGGACAAGUAUGCGGAGCUGGACAGCAAGUUCAACCGCCUGCAGAAGAGAGCCAAGCAGCGCAUUCAGGAAGUCACUAAGGAGAAAGAGGAGGCGGAAAAGAAGCUAGUGGAGGCGAACGAGAAGGUAGCAGCGGAGAAGCGGCAGCAGGCGGGGCUUCAGGAGGAUCUGGAGCGGGCCAAGGGGGUGGCGGCAGAGGCGCAGCGGACGGCUGAGAGGGACAAAGAGCAACUGCGGAAGACCAACGCGUCGCUUAAGGAGGAGGUGGAUGAGCUGCGGCGAGCCCUGGAGCUCAAAGAGCACAAUUUGAAGGAAUCGCGCCGCUUAGCAGCGGCCAAGGAGCAGGCGUGGCUGGAGCUGUCGAGUUCGUCGCAGGAGGAGAGGGAGAAAAUGGCGGGCAAGGUGAAGGAGGUGGAGGAGCGCAUGGGGCGCAUGGGGAAGGAGCAGGAGGCGAGGGCAGGCGAGCUGCAGAGGGAGCUGAACAAGGCUCUUGAAAGCAGCAGUGCGCUGCAGGUCCAGCUGUCGCAGAAGGAGCGCCAGCUGGCGGAAGUCGAGGCCGCCACGUCAGGCGAGCUGGCGCGGCUGUCGGCCACUCUGGAGGCGACACGUGGCGAGCUGCACCGGCUGGAGCAGAAGCUGGGGGAGGAGCGGGGCGGGUGGGAGGAGACUGUAGCGCAGCUGAAGAGGCGGGUGGAGGGGGUGGAGAGGGCGAAGAGGAUGCAGGAUGUGGCGCUGCAGGAGGCGAAGGGGGCGCUGCAGCAGGAAGUGGAAGGGCAGAAGAAGGCCGUUGCUGCUGCCAUGGCGGAUCUGGCUGCUGCACGGGCUGAGGUGGCGAAGGGCCGUGAUGAGCUGGCGGCGUACAAGGUGCGGGCGGCAGCGAUGCUGAAGAAGAAGCAGGAGGAGCUGGAGGCGGUGGGGAAUGCGGAUGCGAUGGCGAGUAAAGAAGAGGAGAUCAAGGAGGCGCGAAGGGCGGAGGCAGCAGCAGUGGCAGAGCGGGACAGAGCGCUCAAGGCACUGGAAGAUGCGGCGAUGGAUCAUGAGACCCAGAUGGCCACGCGUGACGUGGCUCUUAUGGAAGCAGAAUCCAAGGUGCGCGAGCUGACAGGGAGGCUGGAGGCAGUGCGGCAGCAGAGCCGGGCGGAGCAGGAGGAGAUGCAUGCGCGGAUGAUGGACAUGGAGGACGGGUGGCGAGAGAAGCUGCGGCAGCAGGAGGAGCGGCUCAAGGGGCAGACGGACACUCACACAGCAUCGCUGGAAAGUGAACUGAGAAAGAGGGUGGAGGCGGGCGAGAGGGAGCACGCAGCGUACAGGGAGAUGGUAGAGAGGUCUAUAGAGGCCAAGGACAAGGCGAUUGAGGGCAAGGACAAGGAGAUUUCGAGGCUCUCUGCUGAGGCGGCUCGGCUGCAGGAGGCUCUGAUCGCGGCUCAGGGUGCUGCUGGUGCUGCGGGAGCGGGGGGGGUGGAUGGUGACGGCUCUGUUGAAUCUGCUGCUGUGGCUGGAGCGGAUAUGGCGGCCAGCCCCAGGAAACAGUUCCCAAGCUCGCCGGGUGCGCGUCUCUCCGAUUCAGCCUCGUCCAAAUCGGCAACGACAGGCCUGCCUCUUUCCCUUGAGGGAAUGGGGCUGGCGGACAAUCCAGCAGAGAAGGCUGCUAUUGCGGAGCAGCACAUUCUGUUCCUGGCACGGCAGCAGGCGCAGAGGGAGGAGGAGGUAGCGCAGUGCAGGCGCCACAUUCAGGCACUGCAGGAGGAGAUCACGGAUCUGCAGAGGGAGAACCAGCUGAGAUCCAAACAGGAGGCCUUGCUCAAGGAGGAGUUACGAAACAUGGAGAGGGCGCAGAAGAGAGAGACUGUCGACAUGACAUACCUCAAGAACGUCAUCCUGCAGCUGCUUAUCAGAACAGACCAAAGGGCGGCGCUCCUGCCGGUGAUUGCCAUGCUGCUGCAGUUCAGCCCAGACGAGCUGAAACAGUGCCGAGGAUCGUGACACUUGGCACGAGUCAUGCGAGAUCGUGUCGUGACACUUGGCACGAGGAGAAUGCAAAGCGGCUGACACAGGCACCCCGUGCGUAAAUCUCAUUCAUGCAGCAUGCAUCGUUGCCGAGAUGCAUUCUAACUGCCGAUGCCCAUACUUGUUCGGUUUCCGGGCAUCUCGAGAGAUAUGGCCUGCCUGACGACUGACAUGAGCUUUCACUAGGACCGUCACGAGUCCCCGAGAUACUGGUUCCCUAAGAUAUGCUGUGGUGUGUGAGCGCAACCACGACGAACAUUGCUCCACCACAAGUGUGUGUUACCUGCAGACGACGACCCUCGUUUUCAAGUCUUUGUGCUGUAACUUCACACUCACUUCACACUCAUUACUACCGGUAGUAAUCUAGUAGCCUCGUAUCGCAUCCAUCUUUGUUACUGGUGCUGGUAACCUGGUACAGUGGUUGGUACCCUUGGCAGACUUGAUCUUCGCAGCUAAGGUGCUGCUGCAUGCAGGAUGGCGUAGCA